UUUCUGGACGCCUCCCAAGUCACUCCCUCAACUUCAGGUGCUCACGUUAGAUGGGAAGAUCUUUGCUGUCUGUGCAGCGCCCGGCACAAUGGGGCCCUGAUCUCAGCUGGGGCAGGGACUGUCUCUCCCUUUGUGUCUGUGCAGCGCCCGGCACAACCGGGCCCUGAUCUCAUCUGAAAUAGCAGCUGGCCCUAAUAGGGACAAAAUUUAGGGUAAUAACCUAUCUCUCUGUGCAUGUGCAUCUUUAAAAUUUGUCUCCCAAGACUGGAUUAUGAAGAACAGACAAUGGUUGGAGCAAGAGGGCAGGGGUUGGAUGUCAGGGCAGCUGGGUUUUAUUCCCAGCUCUGGCAGGAGAGUGAGGGUCUCAUGACUAGAGCUGGUGGGGGGUUGGGUGUCAGGACUCCUGGGUUCUAUCCCCAGUUCUAGCAGGGGCAAGCUGGUCUAGUGCUUAGAGCAUGGUGGCAAAUGGGCGUCAGGACUCUUGGGUUCUACUUCCCCUCCUCACUGUUUAACCAGCAGCUAGACAUCUGUGACUCAGUUUCUCCUUUGGUACAGUGGGGCAAAUGCUUCCCUCCCUCUUGGGGAAUGUCAUUAACAAGCGUCUGCCGAGAGCAGGUGCCUUUCACAAGCUCUGCCUCGCUGUCAAGCUUUGAUCUGUCUCUUCCUCUCCAGAGUUGGCUGGAGCUUGCUGGAUUCUCCCCAGCUCUUUGCCCGGCAUGGCAUUUCCUGGCCUGGAGGCUCGGCCCUUUCACUAAUUACAGUGAUGACCUCCGGGCUCUUUGUCCUGCCUGUGCCCCUGACAGCCAUUGUACAUUUGGGCCAGGCCUAGCCCGUCCCCAAGAUCAGAGCAGCGCCUCUCCACUGCGCGGGGCAGCAUCAUGGUAAGCCUCUUUUCACUGGGGAAACUGAGGCACCGGACCUUGCCUAAAGUCACACAGGGAGUUGGCGGCAGAGCCAAAGAUAGACCCCGGGAGUCCUGACUCCCAACCCCCUGCCAGUUCUAUCCCACUAGAUCGCACUCCCUUCUCAGAGCUAGGCACAGAACCCAGGAGUCCUGGCUCCCAGCCUCCCCUGCUCUAACCCACUAGACCCCACUCCCCUCCCCGAGCCGGGGAGUAAACCCAAGAAUCCUGGCUCCCAACCCCUGCGAGAUCACAACACCUUUGCAGAACCAGUCAAACCCACACGCUGCCUGUGCCGCAUUCCUGCCAGGGAGAGAAGCUGGCGGAGUGGAAGAACCAGACAGUUACGCAAGGGGAUGUUUACCUGGAGCCUCUCCAGCCCCUAGGGGAUGCUCCUCCCUCUCCGCCCACACCCUGCAUAAAGGGGAAGGAGUUGCCCGAGCAAAGAGAAAGGAGCCAUGGAAGGUCGGGGACCGGUGGCAGAGUUGCAGCGCUCCAUCAUCUGCCCUAUCUGCAGGGGUCCCUUCAAGGACCCGGUGCUGCUGGACUGUGACCACAGCUACUGCCGAGCCUGCAUCACGGGCCAGUGGGAGCGGGAGGGGGCAGGGGUGCUGUCCUGCCCCCAAUGCCAGCAGGUCUUCGAGCGGCGCAGCCUGCGCACCCACGUCAAACUGGCCGUGGAGGUCAAGAUCGCCCAGAACCUCAACGCCAAGACGGCCCAGGAGGCCAAGCCCCGUCGGCGGCGCGGCGGUUGGAUCCCAGUGUCGGUCAUGCCAGAGGGGCAGG